UAUUUAUAAAACGACUGCUUGCCAUACUUCUUCAUUAUGCCUACUCAAGCUUUAUAUAUCAGUCAGACAUGAAGAGAAUCGGGAAGGAGAUACAGUUAGGGACAAUAUGGUUUUAGACAGGUACAUAUAGUGCACCGGUAGGAGAAAAAAAUAUUAUACACUAAAUACUGUACUGAUAAAAAGUGCAGAUGAAAGAGGAAUAAUUUCAAGCUUUUUGGGGGAAGAGGAAGACAGGAAUAUUUACAAUUGCAGGCAUUGCAUAAGGGCAAGUUGGAACAAGGGUUAAAUCCUGCACAAACUGAGGAGGGGGGAGAGAAAGCAGAGCACAGGCUGCUCCUUCCACCCCCAGGGCACACUCACCCCUCCUGUGCUGUGUGCUUGGAAAGGAAGACUGUUACCCCUGUAGGGGCACUGGGUGAAGUCCUGUGUGUGGAUUGAACUGUACUAGUUGCUGAAUAUGUUUUUUCUGUGGAUUUUGGGAAUUCUCUCCAGCCUGACCAGAGCGCAGAACUCUCCAGGCUACCUGAUAGCUGCUCCAUCAGUUUUCCGUUCAGGGGUUGAAGAAGCCGUGAGUGUCACCAUCUUCCACACACUUACAGAAACCAAGAUCCAGAUGAAGCUGGUGGUAAAAGGCGAAACUGUAGCAUCUGGUUAUGGAACAGUAUUAGAUAAAGGCACGGUGAAAAUCAAGGUUCCACCAGGACUGAGAGGACAAGCUCACCUGAAAGUUUGGGGCAAUCGUCAUUUGAAUGAUGGCGGAUUCAUUUUCCACAACUCUACCACUGUUACUGUGGAUAGCAAAGGGUUAUCUUUAUUUAUACAGACUGAUAAACCAGUAUAUAAACCCAAACAAAAAGUGCUUAUCAAUAUAUACAUGGUGACACCUGAUUUACGCCCAGCCAAGGAAAAGGUUGAAGCUUACAUAAUGGAUCCACGUGGAUCUAGGAUAACUCAGUGGACGGAUCUAAAUCCAAUCUGCUGUGGUAUUAUUAACAUGAGUUUUCCUCUGUCUGAUCAACCUGUGUUUGGGGAAUGGCUGAUUUUCGCUGAAACUCAAGGCCAUGUAUUUAACAAAUCUUUUGCCGUCCAGAAUUACGUACUUCCAAAGUUUGAGCUGGUCAUAAGUCCACCUUCCUUCAUUCGUGAUAUAAAUGUUUGUGAAAAAGGAAAAAUCCUGGCAAGAUAUACAUUUGGGAAGCCUGUGAGUGGAUUACUAACAAUCAAUAUGACUGUGACGGGUGUUGGGUACUACAGACAUGAGAUUGGACAUCAGGUGCUUAAAUCCAUGGAGAUUUAUGGCUCAGCAACAUUCGACAUCUGCACCAAGGAUAUGAUGCCAGCUGACUUCUCAGAGCAUUUCCGUGGGACAGUGAAUAUUUGGGCCACUGUAAUUGCGGUGGAUGGGAGCAAACAGAUCACUUUUGAUGACACCACUCCAGUUCAAAAGCAGCUGAUUGAUAUCAAAUAUACCAAAGAUACACGUAAACAGUUCAAACCAGGCCUCCCUUACCAAGGAAAAGUUGAAGUUACAUAUCCAGAUGGAAGUCCUGCAGAUGGAGUAACUGUGCGAAUCAAAGCUGAGCUUACCCAGAAAGACAAUGUAUAUACCAGUGAACUUGUAUCCCAAAAUGGCUUAGUUGAGUUUCAGAUACCGUCCAUUCCAACAGCAGCUCAAUAUGUAUGGCUUGAGUCAAAGGUUAUAGCUAUAGAUGGAAAAUCUACAGAAGAACAAUAUUUGCCAAACUACUUGUCCAUAAGUAGCUGGUAUUCUCCAAGCAAGUGCCACCUUCUUAUUCAGCCACCUGAUAAACCACUGCUGGUGGGUGAGGAUGCCCUGAUUGCUUUGAAGUCCACCUGUCCAUGUAAUUUCACUUUGCACUAUGAGGUUGCAUCUCGUGGAAACAUAGUGCUUUCUGGGAAACAGUCUGCAAAUAUCACCCUACAUAGGGCAAAGAGAUCUUCAUCUGUUACCUUUGACAAGGAUUUCAAUGAAACGGCGGAGAAUGAACCAGCUUCAACAGAUCUCUCUUCUAGUGACAUUGAGGUGUGGAUAACGCACGUCCACUUCCCUGUCACUCAUACUAUGGCGCCUCUGAGCCGAUUUUUGGUUUAUUACGUAAGGGAGAAUGGAGAAGGAGUUACUGACAGCACCCAGAUUUUGGUGAAGCCAGCUUUUGAGAACCAGGUCUCCAUUGCCCUUUCUUCCAAUGACUCCAAACCGGGUGAUGUGAUUGAUAUUAAAGUAAAGGCUACCAGAGGAAGCUGUGUGUGUGUGUCCACUGUGGAUAAGAGUCUGUACCUCUUGCGCAGUGCCUUUCAAAUAACUCCUGAACAGAUAUUCCAGGAACUAGCAACCUUUGAUGUCUCUGAUGCUUUGGGAACAGGGAAAGAAGAAGGACAUUUCUGGUGGCCAGGAUUGGGUUCCCAGAGGAGGCGGCGUUCAUCGGUUUUUCCAUGGCACUGGGACAUCACUAAAGACGCACGCUUCGCUUUUACAGAGACUGGACUGGUUGUAAUGACAGACGUUGUCAGUUUAAAUCACCGGCAAAAUGAUGGUAUGUACACAGAUGAAGCAGUUCCAGCUUUCCAGCCACACACAGGAACAUUGAUUGCGUCUUCCCAUACCAGAAUUACUCCUCGAUUUGAGAAGAGGAAAAGGACAUUUUUUCCUGAAACCUGGGUCUGGCACUGCUUCAACGUCAGUGAUAAUACUGGGGAGGGAGAACUACGUGUAGAAGUCCCUGACUCUAUCACAACAUGGAUAAGUGAAGCAAUUGGUGUAUCUGAAGAAACAGGACUGGGGGUGGCUAAAGCAGCCCAUCUAAAAACAUUUAAACCAUUUUUUAUUGACUUCACAUUGCCAUACCAUGUAAUACGCGGAGAGCAGGUCAAAAUUCCACUUACAGUUUACAAUUACCUAACUUUCAAUGUUGAGGUACAUAUAAAGAUCAUGAUCACAAAGGGUGUUAAGUUUGUAGGAUAUCCUGGAAAACAGCAUCUGAUUCGGAAGUUAUGUGUGGCUUCAGGAGAGACCAAACCCACAUUAGCAGUGUUCUCAUUUUCUGAACUAGGAUAUGCAAACAUUUCAGCUAGAGGUCUGGCAUAUGCAGGAACGAACUGUGUUGCAGAUGGGAGCAGUAUUCUUAAGAACAGCAAAUAUUCAGAAGAAGUGUAUGGUGAGAGGAGAUCUCCAACUGGGGUUGAUUUUGUCCGUAGAAGUGUGAUUGUUGAGCCAGAGGGUUUAGCCCGAGAAUACACAUACAGUGUCUUCUUAUGCCCAAAUGAGAAAAUUCAGAUUUCUACUCCCAACAAGUUUGAGUAUCAAUAUGUACAGAAGCCACAGCGAAUGACCCACUUUGACUUGACUGUGAAAGCCCACAAUAAUGCCCAUGUGGCGCUCUCAUCAGGACCCCAUGACAUGGCUGAAAUGAUAGAGAUUGUUAUUGGUGGUCAACAGAACUCUAGAACCUGGAUAACAACCAGCAAGAUGGGAGUACCUGUAUCCAGUGCAAACACUCCUGCGAUCAUAUCUUGGGAUGAGUUUCGAGCAUUCUGGAUUAGCUGGAAAAAUGGUUUAAUCCAGGUAGGACACGGCACAAAAGGCUCCAAUGACUCUGCUAUCUUGGAGUGGGAAGCUGGCAAGCAGCCGGACGUGAAGUUCAUCGGCUUUUCAACUGGCUGGGGUUCCAUGGGGGAAUUUAAAAUCUGGAGGAAGGAAGAGACAGAUGAGAACCACAAUGAGGCCUUUACCCUGGGCAUCCCACACAAUGUCAUUCCAGGGUCCGAGAGAGCCACAGCUUCUAUCAUAGGAGAUGUAAUGGGUCCCACCGUAAGUAACUUGGAUAACCUCCUUCGACUUCCAUUUGGAUGCGGGGAACAAAAUAUGAUACACUUUGCCCCGAAUGUAUUUGUUCUAAAAUAUCUUCAGAAAACCAAGCAAUUGUGUCCCGAAGUGGAGAAUGAAGCUAUGGACUACCUUUUGCAAGGUUAUCAACGCCAGCUAACUUACAAGAGACAAGAUGGCUCAUACAGCGCAUUUGGAGAGCGAGACUCAUCUGGAAGCAUGUGGCUCACAGCUUUUGUGUUAAAAUCAUUUGCACAAUCCCGUGGCUUCAUCUUUAUUGAUCCAUUAGAGCUUUCAGCAGCAAAAGACUGGAUUAUCCAGCACCAAAAGAAAGAUGGCUCUUUUCCAGCCAUGGGGCGAAUUCUAAACAAGGAUAUUCAGGGUGGGAAUCAUGGGAAGAUUGCUCUAACGGCAUAUGUUGCAGCCGCUCUACUGGAAACUGGCGUCAUAUCUGAGGAAGAAAGAGUUUCUGUUUCAAAAGCCAAAAUAUAUUUGGAAACCCACUUGUAUUCAGCAAAUGAUCCUUAUACCACAGCCUUGACUACGUAUGCCUUGACACUGCUGCGUAGCGCUUACGCUCCUGCAGCUCUUCGGAGACUCAACAGCAUGGCUAUAACAAAAGAUGGCUUCACUCAUUGGAGUUUGACUGGCUCAUCGGCAACAGAAGAGGACACCUUCAUGGGUUUUAGUGAUGGGCUGUCACAGUCAGUGAUCUCUGCAGAAGUAGAAAUGACAGCUUAUGCUUUGCUCACCUAUACCCUUCUUGGAGACGUGGCAUCUGCUCUUCCAGUAGUGAAAUGGCUUUCCCAGCAACGAAAUGCCCUGGGGGGCUUUUCAUCAACACAGGACACAUGUGUGGCACUGCAAGCUCUGGCUGAAUAUGCAAUCCUUUCCUAUAUCGGUGGUGUUAAUCUCACAGUAUCUUUGGCCUCAACCAACUUGGACUAUCAAGAGACCUUUGAGCUUCAUAGAAUGAACCAAAAGAUCCUGCAGAAAGCUGUGAUCCCGACAAUCCCAACUGGUUUAUUUGUCAGUGCAAAAGGAGAAGGCUGUUGUUUAAUGCAGAUUGAUGUUCAUUACAAUGUUCCUGACCCUAUUACCAAGCCAGCAUUUAUGCUUCAAGUCCAUCUCAAAGAACCAAAGCCAAGAAGGGAUCGGAGACAAGCUGGGCGUCCAGAGACACUUCUCCGAGAGCGAGCACUUCCUUACAAUGAUGAUGAUCCUGGCUCAUACCAGGACCAUCAGGAAUACAAAGUAACAUUGAAAGCCUGCACAAGAUGGCUCCAUUCUGGUGCUUCUAACAUGGCAGUUCUGGAACUGUCUUUGCUUUCAGGAUUCCGAGCAGACAUUGAGAGUUUGGAACAGCUGCUCUUGAAUAAACAGAUAGGGCUAAAACGCUAUGAGGUUGAAGGAAGAAAGGUGCUGUUCUAUUUUGACGAGAUACCAAGUCAGUGUAUGACCUGUGUACAGAUGCAAGCAUUCAGGGAAUAUAUUGUUGGAAAAACUUCACCAGUUCCUGUGAAAAUCUAUGAUUACUAUGAGCCAACAUUUGAAGCUACUAGAUUCUACAAUGCUAGCGAAAACAGCCCGCUGUCCCGAGAGCUAUGUGAUGGUACCACUUGUAAUGAAGUGGAGAGCUCCACGAAUCACUGGACUGGUUUUACUCCCACUGGCCCCUGUACUGGUGGAUACCCAUGCCCUGAACAGGAACAUUUUGAACACUGUAUGUGCUAUCGAGACUGUGGGUAUGAUGGCGACCCAGUGUGUGGAUCUGAUGGUAUUCUUUAUCAGAAUCAAUGUCAGAUGGAAGUUACAGCAUGCAGGAAUAACACUAGGAUAGAGCGUGUGGCAAUGUCACACUGCAUCGCAGAAGAAAAUACAUCAGAAGAGGAAGCUUAUACUGUCGCAUUACCAGAACUACCCGAACAAGAGCAAUCCCAAGAGAAAACAGAGGAGGAGAUGCCUAUACACCAGCCAGAAGACUCCUAUUAUUCAUAUGAGUAUGAUACAGAUCCAUAUGCUGUGGAGAGCGAAGAUGGCAUUGACCUUACUGUGGAGCACCCAACUGUUUCUAACUUGGCUGAGGACACAGGCAAAGUAGAUACAUCAUCGAUCACAGAAUGAAAAUGAAGUGCCCAAGAAAAUAUUAAUCAAUGGACAAGGACUGUUCCCAUUUGUAAAAAUCUUGGCAUCAGGAGCGGACAAGCAAAUAGACAUUAUCUAGCUGGUCAUGAAACAUGUAUUCUAUCAUUUUCUCUUAAGCUGCUUGGUUUUUUUUUAAUUUCUUUUCUCUAAAGUUUCACCAGUGAUUGACUCGUAACAAAUCAGAACACUUUGAAGGUGAUACUGCAUGAAAUUCUCCUCUACUAAAAACCCAGAAAUCUCUCUUUUUUUCAGUUUGGUUAAAUGCAGAACUCUGCUGAGCAUGAAGGCCAUCAUAUUUUCCCUUCUAAUAAUCUAACUUUAUAAGCUUCCUGUUUAAGGUGUAACAUGUUCCAGCAAACACAUCAGAGCUUCAGCCUCCUGCAAAAGGAAAUUAUGUCACCCCUAGAGACAGGAAACAUCAAAUCCUAUGUUUAGGUGCCAACACCAUUAUCUGCGAAGCAUCACUGUGCUUGCCCUCGUCACAGUGUUGGUUGCAUUUGUAUGUUUUUACUUUUUUUGUUCUUUCUGUAUAUAAAAAAUCAUGUGCAAAUUAUUUGCAUCUAUUUGGAGCUGUGAGGGUCUGUAACAUCAAGUUUUCUGUUCACACUUUUUUUUAAUUCACUUUUUUUCUGUUUUAGCCAAAAGCAGGAAAAGAGCCUGACGGGAGGGAGCUUUAUGUAAAUGUGCUCCCGGUUUUGGAGUAAAAACAGUACAUGCAAAAACUGCAUUAUAAUGCAAAGUGUGAUCUUUAC